AUGGACGCAAAGGAGAUUGAAACUCGCGCAAAAGCUUUGCAAAAGGCAGGAGCCAAUGGCGAACCCGCCUCGGUCAUCAUUGAUUUGCUCGAAGACUUGAAGAAGAAUGUUGCCGCUACAGAGGAUCUGCUCCGAUCAACGCGUAUUGGUAUCAUUGUCAACCGAUCGAAACAACACAAGGAUCCAGCGGUUGCGCGACUAGCGUCAGAAAUUGUUUCAAAAUGGCGGUCAGACGUCAACAAAGCCAAAGCCUCACCGGGAAAGAAGGCGAACGGGUCACCUGCGAGGUCAGCGAAUGGAGGAUCUACGGGAUCUUCACCUAAGCCAGCAGAGCCAUUUCUCACAGUAGCGCCUGAAAAGCGAACUGCAGAUACUGAUAAAGUAAACACUGAUCGCACUGGAGAUGCUGUCAGAGAUAAGUGUCUUGUGCUUAUCUACAAUGGACUGGCGUAUAUGUCCGAAGAUGCUCCUUCACGCAUUAUUGAGAGAGCAGUGGAAGUUGAGCAAGCUGCGUUUGGUGAAUUCAAUCGUAGAGUUAGUCAGGACUACAGGGCAAAGAUACGGUCACUUUUCCAAAACCUCAAGAACAAGUCCAAUCCCGGCUUACGGAAGCGCAUUCUCACGGGAGAACUCUCUGCGUCACGCUUUGUCUCAAUGUCCAGCGAUGAACUGAAGUCUGCAGAAAAGCGGGCCGAAGAUGCCAAGAUCCAGAAGGAGCUGAUGAAUGAGUCGAUGGUUGCUCAAGCUGAGCGAAGUAUCUCCACCAGUUUCACUUGCGGAAAGUGCGGUCAGAAGAAGGUCAGCUAUAGUCAAGCACAGACCCGUUCGGCUGAUGAACCUAUGACUACUUUCUGCGAGUGUACCGUCUGUGGCAACCGCUGGAAGGUAUGUACAAUAUCUUUUCUUCUCCCUUUUAUUUCUACCCCCCUCUUCGUUCACAUCAGUUUUCGCUGA